AUGAAUUCACGAUAUGAUAUUUAUAUUUGUGUUAAAAGAAGUAACCUUUUCUGUUACAUUUCAUCCCCCGCUACCACCAAUAAUAUUGAUACUGCUACUUCAACACCAAAACUUCCUGAUCCAAAAAUUAUUGAACAAGUCAUUUCAGAAAUUGAUCUUCGCACUCGUUCAGAAAUCGAUCGUCAAAUCACUGUGCCUAUCGAAAAUUUAAUUCGUCCAACCACAAAAUCUCGUAAAGGUGGUAUUCCUCGUCCUCAAAAUCCCUUUGUUAUUUAUCGUCGAGAUUUACAAGCAAAAUUGACUGCAAGACUUGGUCCUGAUGUUGGUUCUCAUCUUCCAUUCGUCUCUAAAGAAGCAUCAAGAAAGUGGGAAAUUGAACGAGAAGAUAUAAAAAAUAUUUAUGAGGUUAUGGCGGAACUUGCUAAAAAAGUUCAUGAGAGAACAUAUCCCGAUUAUGUUUAUAAACCUAGAAAACAUCGAUUUUUGAUCAUGAAAUAUAUUUGA